AUGGUUAUGAAGCUAUUCCCUGACGGCUUGGUAGAUCGUGUUGGUGGUUGCGGCCCAUUUGAGGCUGUUGCCAAACGCUUCUACGAGCUCUCUUUCGCUGAUCCCAUCCUAUCGGUCCUGUACGCGGAUAAAGAUGAGCCUCAUUAUCUGAUGUUCUGCCGUUGGUUCUUCGAACAGAAUGGCCUCACUGACGAGAUGACGAAGCGUGGUGGCACUAAGUUUAUUAAUGCCAUGCAUCGCAAGGCCCAGAACUGUCCCCUAAGAGCUGAUGCUCCUAAGGAGGCCGGUUAUGUUGGUGGUGGCUUCACUAAAGCCCAAAGAGCUCGUUGGGUGUGGGCUCAGUUGAAGGCUUGCGAGGAGUUCAAGUUGCCCGAGGAUUUCGUUCGCGACUACAUUCACGGUCUAUGUGUUUUCAUGUCUGUGUAUGGUCCCUUCGUUGACUCUCGUGCGGAAGAUGGCCCCCAAACUGGUAAAUGCCCAAUGAGCAUGAGCGUCCAGACCACUUCAGAGCAGGCUGAGAUGGUCAAGAUUCAUCCCAACAUUCCUGGUUAUGAUCUCCCUGGUAAGCUCGGCAACUUCCAGAAGAUCACUGUUGCUUGA